AUGCCCUCUUCGACCACGGCAGCAGCGCAGGCCAAAAGCGUUCCCAAGCUAAACGUCGUCAUUCGCUGGAUCGCGGACCCCCAACAGAUCUGUCGCCUGCUUUCUAUCAUCAAGUCCAACCCCCUAUGGCGUCAAGCAUGUUUCCCUCAAGGCAUCACCACCGUGCCCAAGCUAUACAAGAUCUAUAUCGACAUUUUCCUCGUCUUCUGCAACAAUGACCCAGCAAUCAAGGCCGCGGAGAGGGAAGGACUUGUCCAGAGAGUGAAAGGCAGCGGUGGGAAGAAAAAAUGGGAAGCGACGGAGCGAUUCAGCAGUAGGGUGGGGAAUCCCGUAAGGAGAAAGAUAGACUCAUUGAAGAGCGCCUUGAAAUCCGGGACGUACACCAGCACUCACAACUUUCGUCCGUCCUGGAAGAGAUGGGACGACGUGCCUAAUGGCAUUAGGGCUACUCUCCAAGCCGAACAUCCCUAUUAUUUUCAGCUAUUGGAACUCGCCCAGUCAUCCUUCCAGUUCGUUCUCCCCCCACGCUCCGCAAACGGCGAAGCAUGCCAGUCUGGCCGCAAACGCGAACUUCAACCGUCCCUCGACGUCGAAGACGAUAGAGGCCCUCGAGUGGGUAAUCACAAACGCCCUCGAAUCGCUUCACCCUCCUUAUCCUAUCAAGCCGAGAGUGUAGUGGAGGUAGACGAAAGUGGCAACGAUGACACAGAGCUUCCGGCUACAAGAAGCAGUCCACCCCCAUCAUCUGCCCCCCUGUUGUCCCCUCGCUGGAAUACAGAUCCCCAAGAAAUUUGUCGCCUCCUUUCCGUCAUCCGAUCCAAUUAUCUAUGGCACCAAGCUUGUUUCCCUCAACGCGGCGCCUCUGCCUCGGACAACUACAAGGUUUAUAUUGAGAUUUUCCUGCGGGCUUGCAGAGAUGACCCCGUCAUGGAAGUCGCAGCGAGGGAAGGUUUAGUCAAAUGGCUGGGAGGGCAGUCGAGGUGGAUCGCAACGCGCAAGUUUGACAGUCGGGUAGAAAACCCUGUGAGGACUAAGACAUCGUCCUUGAUGAACGACUUUGUGACGGGUAUAUAUGAAAGUGACCACGGUUUUCAUCCUUCUUGGAAGAAAUGGAAAGAUGUGUGUUCGACCAUCAGGGACGAUCUCCAGGCCUUAUGCCCCUACUACUUUCAGCUGCGCAGCCUAGUCAAGCCACCCUUGAAAGUCAUUCGCAAAUGUGCUCCUCUUCCAGAAGAGCAGCAGUAUCAAAACAGGAUUGAUCAGAAGAAGGAGAAGAAGAAGAAGAAGAAGAAGAAGCCAGUGGACAUCAACAAGGCCAAGGACAGCAAGAAGAAGCAGCGUGAAUAUUCUCGCAGGGGUAGACGCAAUUACGAUGGGCGAUGA